AUGUCGCCAACAACGACUCUCCGCACCCACCAGCGUAUUCUCUGGGCCAUUCUGACAUGGCACUUCCCAGCACCCAUCUGCCAGAUGCUUGAGGCCAUGUUCUAUAUCCAUAAUGACGAGUUGCACCGGCUGUACUCUAUCCUGCUCCACGCCCGGUUCAAGCCGCCCACCCACCUGCUCUCGGCAAUUCGGUCGCUUAGUGACGAGACGGCUCGGGAGAUGGUCGCCGCCCUGGCAGACGUGGGAAUCCGCGCCCCCCGUGAUCCCAUCCCCAGAGCAACGAACGAGGCCACGCGCAUUGGAGGCCUGUUCAAGGCCGGGUACAUCGGUAGGAAUGGUGACGGUUCAGCUCGGGAGAAUGUGGCGAGUUUUCGUACACUGCAUGUACUGUACCGACUCGACAAGGAGGACCAGCGAGCUAGGAAGGAGGAGGAUACAGGUCUGCGGGAUCCGAGUCAUAAGUGGUAUCAUGUUACUUCGGAUGAGAUUGUCGAAAAGUGGGCGAGAAGGCUGUCUCCGCUCAUCGAGUGUGGGAAUCGUGAGACAGUAUAG